UUUCGAAUGGAGCCAACCAGUCAACACCACGUUGCCUUUUCUCCAGACACCCAAAAAAUAGCAAAACAAAAUACCUCUGGUGCUCCUUCCCCCCUUCCUCUCUCUCUCUCCCCCCCCCGGGGGGCCACUCUCAAGUAUGUGUUUGUUCCGUUUGUUGAGUAACUUCAGAGUUAUUAUGCCAAUUCGGUAGAUAGGUGAAGCCCCUUCUCUUGCCUUCUCGGCUUUUUACAAACCCACAUGCACUUACUGCGCAUUAUCCUCACGGAAGAACAAGAAGUAGGUUUUACAAGCAAACACUGCUAGAUUCUGGUUGUGGGUUUUGCUUAUAAGCUCCAAAUCAGUGAAUUUAGGUUAGAAUUUGUAUUUUACAUUUGUGGGUUUUUGUUAUCUGAUAACUUCAUGGCUUCUUCAAUGCUCAAUGGUGCUGAAAAUCUGACACUCAUUAGACGAAUUACCCCACAUGGGUUAGGUUCUAUUAAAUCAGAUUUGCAUGGAAAGCAGUUUCCCAGGUUGAAUUUGGUCUCUUGUGGUCAAAAUUUGAACGCUAGAACUCAAGCACCAAGGUGCAGUCUCUCAGCAUCUGGGCCAGCUUCACAACUCAGAUUUAUCCAGCACAAAAAGGAGGCAUUUUGGUUCUACAGGUUCCUAUCAAUUGUGUAUGACCAUGUUAUAAACCCUGGUCAUUGGACUGAGGAUAUGAGAGAUGAGGCACUUGAGCCAGCUGACCUAAGUGAUAGGAAAAUGUUAGUGGUUGAUGUUGGUGGAGGGACAGGGUUCACCACUUUGGGCAUAGUCAAACAUGUUGAUGCCAAGAAUGUCACCAUUCUUGACCAGUCCCCUCAUCAGCUUGCCAAGGCAAAGCAAAAAGAGCCAUUAAAGGAAUGUAAGAUAAUUGAGGGUGAUGCGGAGGAUCUUCCUUUCAGAACUGAUUACGCAGAUAGAUACAUAUCUGCCGGAAGUAUCGAGUACUGGCCAGACCCGCAACGUGGCAUCAAGGAAGCAUACAGGGUUUUGAAGCUAGGAGGAAAGGCAUGCGUAAUUGGUCCUGUGUACCCGACAUUUUGGUUGUCUCAGUUUUUCGCAGAUGUGUGGAUGCUCUUCCCAAAGGAGGAAGAAUACAUUGAGUGGUUUGAAAAGGCUGGAUUUAAGGAUAUCAAACUAAAGAGGAUUGGCCCAAAAUGGUAUCGUGGAGUUCGUCGACAUGGGCUAAUCAUGGGAUGUUCUGUAACUGGAGUGAAGCCUGCAUCCGGGGAUUCUCCUUUGCAGCUUGGUCCAAAGGCAGAAGAUGUUACAAAACCUGUAAAUCCAUUUGUGUUCUUUCUACGCUUCAUUCUGGGUGCCAUGGCAGCAACAUACUUUGUUCUGAUUCCAAUUUACAUGUGGCUCAAAGAUCAGAUAGUUCCCAAGGGAAGACCAAUAUGAGAGAGAGAGAGAGAGAGAGAGAGAGAGAG